AUGUCUUCAAAUUUGUUGGAAGAUACAAUCACCGAAUGUUACUUCUCAAACUUUGCCAACUUAAGAUUCCUUGAUUUAUCCUUGAACUCCUUGACUUUCAAUUUGAGCUCAGAUUGGAUUCCUCCUUUUCAAUUAGAUUCACUAAAGCUCAGCCAUUGUCAUUUGGGCCCUCAUUUUCCAAAUUGGAUUCAAACUCAAAAUUCUCUUCGAGGGCUUAAUAUCUCUUUUGCCGGUAUAUCAGAUGCAAUACCCAAUUGGUUGUGGAAUAUGUCUUCUUUGACAUAUUUGGAUCUUUUGAAUAACAAUAUUAGGGGUAAAAUUCCUAAUUUCUCCUCACAGUCAAUUGAUCUUUUUCUUAUAGAUUUAAGCUACAAUAACAUUUCAGGUCCAAUUCCAUCAUUUCUUUUUUGUUCUGAAGCAUUGAAACUUUCCAAAAAUAUGUUUUCGGGAUCCAUUUUUCACUUAUGCACAAUUCCUAAGGGCUCCAUCAUCUUCAUGCUUGAUCUCUCGGAUAACCAAUUGGCAGGAGAGCUUCCUAAUUGCUGGAUGAACAUAAGUGCAUUAUUUGUUCUGGAUUUGGCAAAUAAUAAGUUCUCAGGUAAGAUUCCCCUAACUUUGGGCACUUUGGAUCUGCUCGGAGUAUUACACUUGCGUGGCACUAAUUUCAUUGGUGAAUUGCCUUCAACUUUGAGGAAUUGCAUGGGGCUGAGAACGCUUGAUGUGGGAGGAAACAAGUUAACAGGUAAUAUUCCAGCAUGGAUAGGAACUCACUUAACAAGUCUGACAUUUCUUAGCCUUCGAUUUAAUGAAUUUGAUGGAAUCAUGCCUUCCACAAUUUGCCUCCUUACCAAUAUCCAUCUCUUGGACCUUUCUAGCAACAACAUUUCAGGAACAAUAUUGCGAUGUCUAAACAAUUUUACGGCUUUAGGUCAGAAGAAUAGUUCAAUUGAAAAUGUUGGUUCUGUUCCAUUUCCUGUUUACAAUGCAACUGAAGUGUAUGUUAACAGUGCUUUUCUUCAAUGGAAAGGACAAGAUUCUGAACACACAACAACACUAGGACUUUUGAAAGGCAUUGAUCUAUCAGGAAAUAAGUUUGUUGGAACUAUUCCACAAGAGUUUUCUGCUUUAAGAGGAUUAGUAUUUUAG